UCUGGAGGCUGGAAAAUCAAUUUGAACCCCUGCUUCCCAAUUCUUCCCUCAAUUGGUAUCACCUCUGCUCCAUCUCAAACAGUGACGGAUUCGCGACUCAUUUUGCCCCUCCACCACCUCGUCGCGACCUCGACUUUCUUCCCCAAGCACAACCGACAACACCACCAUCGUUGGAUUAUCGACUGAAUCGCGUUUACUUUCCCCCAACGACUAGCAAAGAUGGCGCUUCUUCAGUGGAAGGCGCCUGUGGACUAUGAAGCGCAAUUGUCCACCUUCAAGACCUUCCUCGAGGACUUCAAGGCGUCCCCAGCAGACUCUAUCGCCCAUGCGCUCGGUGGGAUGAAUAUUGAGGAGGAAGACCUGGACGACGAGUACGACUUUAUGGACGAGGACGACGAGGAUGAGCAGCGCCGUCGGCAGGAAAGGGCCAACCGCAAGAAGCCCUACCACAAGUAUAAGGACCUGAUGCAACAGCUUGCGAAUCGCGACAUCGACGAGGUUCUGAUCGAGCUCGACGAUAUUGCCCAGUGGGAAUCCGAGAUGGGCGAGGAUGUUCAGGCAUUGAAACUUGUCAAGUCCAUCGAGGAGAACACCAAACAUUACGUCGAGAUCCUGUCAAGGGCCAUAGACGACUGCAUGCCAGAGCCUGCUUCGGAGGUCACAUUCAAGGACGAUGUGUUGGAUGUCUUGAUGGCACGCCGACAGGCCCGGAACCAGGAGCUCGCCGAAGGCGCAGAGGCAAUGGGCGACCCUACCCUGUUGCAGGACAAGUUCCCGGCAGAGCUCACCCGGCGCUACACCCUCGUCUUCAAGCCUCGCUCGUCCACACAAGACAGCCCAGUAAAAUCCCUUUCUGUCCGGCAAGUGCGCGGCGAUCACCUUGGCCACCUCAUUACCAUCAGAGCCAUUGCCACCAGGGUGUCCGACGUGAAGCCCUUGGUUCAGGUCACAGCCUACUCUUGUGACAGGUGUGGCUGCGAAAUCUUCCAGCCAGUCACUGCCAGGCAGUUCGGUCCACUCACAAUGUGUCCCUCCGCGGACUGCAAGGCCAACCAGACCAAGGGCCAACUUCAGCCCUCUUCCCGAGCGUCCAAGUUCCUGCCCUUCCAAGAGAUCAAAGUGCAAGAACUCCCUGAGCAGGUACCAAUUGGUCAGAUCCCACGAUCCCUGACGGUAUCGGCGUACGGAACCGCGGUUCGCAAGAUCUCCCCCGGCGAUGUCGUGGACAUCUCGGGCAUCUUCCUCCCCACACCAUAUACCGGCUUCAAGGCGAUGCGGGCAGGCCUCUUGACCGAUACUUACCUCGAGGCACACCACAUCGUCCAGCACAAGAAGGCGUACGAGGAUAUGAGAGUGGACCCCAGUCUGGCGAGGAGAAUCGACCAGUACAGGCGAUCAGGGCAGGUCUACGAGUAUCUCGCCAAGUCCAUCGCACCCGAAAUCUACGGCCACCUCGAUGUCAAGAAGGCUCUGCUGCUCCUCCUCGUAGGAGGCGUGUCGAAGGAGAUGGGCGACGGCAUGAAGAUCCGUGGCGACAUCAACGUCUGUCUCAUGGGCGACCCUGGUGUGGCCAAGUCUCAGCUGCUCAAGUAUAUUUCCAAGGUGGCUCCCCGCGGCGUGUACACCUCUGGUCGUGGUAGCAGUGGCGUCGGUCUGACCGCCGCUGUGAUGCGCGAUCCUGUGACGGAUGAGAUGGUCCUCGAGGGUGGUGCACUCGUUCUUGCUGACAACGGUAUCUGCUGCAUCGACGAGUUCGACAAGAUGGACGACAAUGACCGGACGGCCAUCCACGAGGUCAUGGAACAGCAGACCAUCAGCAUCUCCAAGGCCGGCAUCUCAACCACCCUGAACGCGCGCACCUCGAUCCUAGCCGCGGCCAACCCGCUCUACGGCCGCUACAACCCCAAGCUGUCCCCCGUCGAGAACAUCAACCUCCCCGCCGCCCUGCUCUCCCGUUUCGACAUCCUGUUCCUGCUGCUCGACAACGCCAACCGCGAUAACGACGCGCAGCUGGCCAAGCACGUCGCCUACGUGCACAUGCACAACCGGCACCCGGACAUCGGCACGGAGGACGAGGUCGUCUUCUCCCCCGACGAGGUGCGGGCCUACAUCUCCCUGGCGCGCAACUACCGCCCCACGGUGCCGCAGGCCGUGUCGGAGUACCUGAUCAAGACGUACGUCAAGCUGCGCGACGCGGCCAAGAAGGCCGAGAAGCGCGGCAAGCAGUUCGCGCACACGACGCCCCGCACGCUGCUGGGCAUCGUGCGGCUGUCGCAGGCGCUGGCGCGGCUGCGGUUCGCGGAGGAGGUGUCGCAGGACGACGUGGACGAGUCGCUGCGGCUGGUGGAGGCCAGCAAGGACAGCCUGCACACGGAGCAGCAGGGCGCCGGCGGCAGGCGGGCGAUGAACGCCAGCAGCAGGGUCUACAACCUGGUCAAGUCGCUCAUGGAGACGGGCCAGUGCCGGCCCGACGACGCCGGCGAGGACGACGACGAGUUCGGCGUCGAGCUGAGCAUGCGCAAGGUCCGCGACCGCGUCAUCGCCAAGGGCUUCACCGAGGACCAGUGGCUCAACACGCUGGAGGAGUACACGGAGCUUGACCUCUGGCAAACUGCUGGUAACGGCUCCCGCCUCGUCUUUGUCACAGCGGCCGAGAAUGACAACGAGGAGGACGACGAGUAGAUGGGUGUCUGACUCAUGAGUAUGAGUGGGUUCGAAUUUUGGGUUUUCGCAUUGGUAUAUCAAUGUUUUUUCGACGGCGUUUAUGGGAUAGGGUGUCUGUCUCGUCUUGUUGGACUGUGUAUGACUGAAUGCAUCCCGUGGCAGAUGCGGUUGCACCAAGGUGGUAAUCUAGACGCGUGAGCAUUGAAUCGAUUGUUACUGCAGUCAACAAUGAA